AGAAAUCUGGAGACCUCAGAGCGCGCAGACGCAGCAGCCUGGAAACCUCCUCUGGCUGCGAACGAGUCACGUUAAAUGACUAGAACUUCCUUCACUGACGAGAAUUCCUUUCCGUCUUUUCUCACAAAAGUGACAAAGAUUAUGAAGAUAUUUCUUGACACAACCAUCAUCCCAUUGAAGCUCCUCAGUCUCCACGUGAAGCCUCGCUUUUGCGCAACAGGUUCUGGGAGAUACGUGUAACCGUAGACCCCGAUCAAUGAAGUGAGAAGAAGCAUGCUGUCCCCGUUCUGUCCCUUUGGCACCGAGCAGGAGAUCAACUCAUGGGAUGUAGCGGAUGCAGAGUCAGGUUCAACUUCGGGAAGGUGCUCUCCAAGGUCUCGGUGUUUUUUACCAUGGUCCUGAUCUUCACCUACGUCUUCUACUGCCUAACCGGAUUGUGCGAUUCGGCUCCGAGAACUUUAUACAGCCACCAGGGUUCCUACUAUGACACUGCGGACGACCUGCGCCCCUCGCCGCGUCUCCUGCCGGACGCGCCGCGUCUCCGGAACCGCACAGACUCCGCGGACGCAGCGCAGGUGGACGCGCCGGCACGGCAGCUUCCUCUCCACGCGGCGGACGGCGCAAAGAAGAGCGCCGAGAGCAACGGCAUCCCCGUGUCCAACUCUUUCGGGACAAAGAGGUUCCCGCAGGCGCUUAUAGUCGGCGUGAAGAAGGGCGGAACGCGCGCCCUGCUGGAGUUCCUCCGCAUCCACCCAGACGUGAGGGCGGUCGGUGCCGAGCCUCACUUCUUCGACCGGUUCUAUGAUAAAGGACUGGAGUGGUACAGGAGCCUGAUGCCUCGGACUCUGGACGGCCAGAUCACCAUGGAGAAAACUCCUAGCUACUUUGUCACGAAGGAGGCUCCUAGCCGUGUCUGCUCCAUGAACUGCCAAGCCAAGCUCAUUGUGGUGGUCAGGGAUCCUGUGACGCGGGCCGUAUCUGACUACACCCAGACGCUGUCCAAAAACCCAGGCCUUCCAUCCUUCCAGAGCCUGGCUUUAAAAAACACCACCACGGGUCUAAUUGACACCACGUGGAGCGCUGUGCGCAUCGGCCUCUACGCCAAACAUCUGGAGAACUGGCUUCGGCACUUCCCAUUGUCCCAUUUUCUGUUUGUUAGCGGCGAGCGGCUGGUGUCUGAUCCGGCUGGGGAGAUGGGCCGAGUUCAGGACUUCCUGGGACUGAAAAGGGUCGUUUCAGAAAAACACUUCUACUUCAACCAGACCAAAGGUUUUCCGUGCUUGAAGAAGCCCGAGGGCAGCAGCAGACCUCGCUGCCUUGGAAAGUCUAAGGGCAGACCUCAUCCCGAAAUCCCCUCCGAGGUCCUGCAGACUCUCAGAGACUUCUACAGGCCCUUCAACCACCGUUUCUACCAGAUGAGUGGACAAGACUUUGGCUGGGACUGAUCCCCGUCAAUGAAAGCCAAACCUGGCUGUUUAAUGCUCCACAGAACUGCCGUCUCAGGGAGAGCAAGACAAAGUCCACCAGCCGAAUUCUGCAACAACGGAGUCGAACGUGACACACAGCAGGUCGACUGUUUGCUGGGGGAUUGAAGGCGACAUGCAAGUCACACACAAGGUUAAUGGCUUAGUUAUUAAACCAUUUUCUGACUCGUGUGUUAAUGUUAUGCAGAAGUAUAGAACGUACCAAAAGGAAAAAUACAAUCAUUUCUUUUGAAUAUCAUUUUUUACUUCCCUUUAUGAAAUAAGCUGAUAUUUAUAUUUUCUGUUGACUUGAAAUACAACAGUUACAAAUUUCUUUUAUGAAAGAAAUGUAUUUAUUACACGACAAGGCAAGACAUGUUUUAAGACUGAGUAUGUUUUAAUUGACAGGCCAUGGAGAAAAUGUCAUACAUGAUAAACCACUAUGUCUUAAUGAUCAUACUGCGGCUGCUACAAGCAGUGUUACUUUGACUGCAUUUAUAUUACAUGCAUUACAUUUAAUGUUUCUAAAUGUCAUUUGAAAUGAACAUGUUGGUUCAAUGUUACGGGGCAUUUCUCUGCACAUGGUAGUUGAUGCCAAUGAUCCCUCAUCUGUAAACGUUACAAUGAUCAUAAACCACUCUCACAAAUCUUUGUACUCAUUGGUAGAAAUUUCUCCUCUCAAAGAAACACACGCCUAAUUGCCUUGGACGGUAUCAACUGUAUUGGCUGUUACUCACUUAAAAUAAAUAACUGUUUUAAUCUGGCAUUACUUUGAAAGCAUUUAAACUCCAUCAUUAAAGUACACGAUGCACAGUGUGAGAAA